AUGUUUCAGAUGCGUGCAUUAUUCCUAUGGACAAUGAAUGAUUUUCCUGCACUUGCAAUGUUGUCAGGAUGGAGCACAAAAGGUGCUCUAGCUUGUCCUCCUUGUAAUGUACAAACUCGGCAUCGGUACUUGCGUAAUAGUCGAAAGAUGUGUUACAUGGGGCAUCGACGAUGGUUGAGUAUGGAACACAAAUUUCGAAAAGAUGCCGCAUCUUUUGAUGGAACUAUCGAAUAUGACUCAUUUCCUACUCGACUAUCUGGGACUGAUGUUUUGAAACAAUUGGGAUCUAGGUUCGAUAACAAAUUGGUGGAGAACGAUGUGUCUCAAAAAUCUACUAAGAGGCGAAGAACUGAAAAAGGGGAUGACAAAGUGGCUGAUAAUUGGAAGAAGAAGAGUAUUUUCUUUGAAUUGGUUACUUGGGAGUUUAACUUGAUUCGCCAUAAUAUUGAUGUAAUGCAUAAUGAGAAGAAUGUUUGUGAUAAUAUAUUGUGGACAAUAUUGGACGUGGAUGGAAAGGGAAAGGACCAUUUAAAUGCUCGACGUGACAUGGUAGACAUUGGUAUGCGAAAGGCACUUCACCCUAUAAUUGCUGGUAAUAAUAAGUUUUAUCUGCCACAUGCAUGCUUUGCCAUGGAUAGUAGAGAGAAAACUUUGUUCUUAACGAUGUUGAAGAACCUCAAAGUGCCAGAUGGUUAUGCAUCCAAUAUUUCACGUUGUGUCAAUCUCAAAAAAGGCACCCUCUUCGGGUUGAAAAGUCAUGAUAGUCAUAUACUAAUGCAACAACUACUUCCGGUGGCAGUGAGAAAUCUUUUGCCUAAACAUGUGGCAAAACCUCUGAUUGAUUUGAGCAAUUUCUAUAGCCGAAUUUGCUCAAAAACACUAGAAGUGGAGGAACUUGAUAGUCUACAAUCCCAAAUUGCACUUACACUUUGCCAACUUGAGAGAAUUUUCCCUCCAUCCUUUUUUGACAUUAUGGAGCACUUACCCAUUCAUUUGGUUGAGGAGGCCAAGAUUGCGGGCCCAGUGCAGUGCCGGUGGAUGUACUUUGUAGAGAGGUAUCUUAGGACACUUAAGUCCUAUGUGCGUAGUAAAAGCAAUCCAGAAGGUUCUAUUGCUCAAGGAUACUUGGUCGAAGAAUGUAUGACAUUUUGCGCGAGGUACUUGCAUGGUGUUGAGUCAAAGUUGCAUCGACCAUUAAGGAAUUAUGAUGGUAUUAUGUCAAAACGAAUCUCACAGACUCGAUGCUCUGCCUCUGAAAGUUCUUCUAGUGAGAAUGAGCAGUCAGGUUCAGAAAGUUCUUCUAGUGAGACUGAGCAGUCAGGUUCUGAAAGUUCUUCAAGUUUGGAUGAUAGUCCUUAUAACAUACCUGAUCCACCAGCAACAUGGUACCCCCUUGGAAGUCUUCCUGCUACGAGACCCGAUCAUAGCUCGGCUUCAAAUGCUUCUACUUCAUCCCAAUCCACACAAAGGCAAACAAGAGGCCCAACAUGGAUGCAUGGUGAUUGGAAUCCUAGUGGUGGAAAGUUACAUAUAGUUCCCAAUGAGUUAAACCAAACAGUUGAAGGACAUACACCUCUUGCUUCCUAUUUGGGUGUUUUAGCUCGCGAUGGAAGUCUUUUACCACUCACUUAUAAAAGUUGGCAUUAUGUUCCAAAAGAAAACAAAGAGCGAAUUUGGAGGGAGAUAAAGGCAAAUACCGAUGCAGAUGAUUCUAUGAAGCAAAUGUUAAUGUCUUCGACGGGGAAGAAAUGGAGAGAGUGGAAAUGUACAGUAAAAAAGUCACACUAUAGAGCCUUUACUAAUGAUGCAGAGAGGUUAGCUCAUCGACCUGAAAGGGUACAUGAGCAUCAGUGGCGAGCCUUGGUCCACUACUGGGGCACUCGGAAAGCACGAAAGAAAGCCAAGAAGAAUAAACGAAUUCGGAAGAAAAAGACACUGCAUCACAGAACAGGGAGAAAGCCAUUUGCUGUUGUUCGACUAGAGGAGACAAAUAGGAACAAAGGGGUUCCCGCAAGUCGCAUGCAGGUGUGGAAGGCUGCGUACUUGAAAGAGGGCUCGGUGGCAAGUGAUGCGGUUAAUGAGGUCAUGACGCAAAUGAUGGAGCUCUCGACGCAAAUGGAGGGAUCUUCUACUGAAUCCACAUGCAUAGAUGAGGAUAUCUUUGUAAAAGUUAUGGGCCCUGAGCAACCUGGUCGUGUUCGAACAUUUGGAUUAGGCCCUUCUAUCAAAGAUGUCUUUGGAGGUGGAUACCGGCGAUCACAAGAGCAAACCCAUAUAUUUCAAGCACAAAUGCAAGAGCAAUUUCGAUUGUACCGGGUCCAAUUUGAGACACAAAUGGCUGCUAUGCGUACACAAAUGGAUGCUACUAUUCAAGCGCAAGCUGCUACCAUUCAAGCUCAGCAAACAAGGAUGGAGUAUUUGGAGUCUCAAUUGGUGAUCAGGGGAGGGGGAGGGCCUGCUGCACGUGAGGCUGCUUGGGGUCACCCCCCAAUGUCACGACCGCAACAAAACUCGCACGAGUUUACCUCCUCGUCGAGUCACCAAAAGGUCGCCCAAUCAAAGACAAAGAACAAGAGCAAGAGCAAAAGGAGGCCUCAUAUAUAAACUGCCUCUUGUUUUUUUUGGUUUUGUUUGUGUCUCGUUUCUUUUGUGUCCUGUUUGGAGGGCUAAGAGAUUUGGAUUUUGCUGCUGAUGCAAUUUGUGUUGCUGUAUUAUUAUUCUAUGAGGUAGAAUGUUGUUGAUAUGUUUUGAUGGAUUGAUGGCUAAAAGAUUAUGAGGAUGGAUGGAUUGGUUGCAAUUACACGGAUGAUUUCGGGUAGCAGUUGA